AUGAUGCUUUGUUAUAAAUCCAACCCCCCUCUCCCAGCAUUGAUCAUGAUGAGGAUGUGUUCUGUGGCCCACUUGACAAUGGAUGCGGCGUGCACGCGUUCAGUGGGAGGGAUUAUCCACCAAGUAGGGCAAGUGGCUGAGACUAAGGACUGCAAUUCCAUCCAGCCUCGGUCAUCCGCUCAGAGCACACACGGACGACACGCCAGGGGCCGCUUGCUCAUUUGCCCCCGUCACUACCCAGAAAAAUCAAUAAAAACUAACAAAAAAAUGGUCAAGUACGUGGGACAACAACGACAGGACGACGAGCUGGAACCCCGGCAGCUAGUUUUGGAACGCGGUGCGUUCACGGACCCGCGGGAUUCGGGAGACGUGUCCGACUGCUCGCUGGGCGACGCGUCCCACGCCGAGUGUUCCGCCAUGGACACGUUCAUGAAGAACGUGCAAGUGCUGCUGGACGCCGCGCACUACAUCGACAGCGUGGAUAAGAACAGCGGAAAAUGUGAGCAUGGUUAUGCUUCGACGUACCCUGCUAAUGAGACGGCACACCCACAGAAACAUCGUAAAUUCAACAAGAACAAGAAACUGGACAAUAUUCACAAUAGGUCGGCCCACAAUGAAUUGGAAAAGAAUAGACGAGCGCAUCUCCGCCUGUGCUUGGAAAGAUUGAAGUCGCUCAUCCCGUUGGGACCAGACUGCAGUCGGCACACCACGCUGGGACUCCUCAACAAGGCCAAAGUGCACAUCAAGAAACUGGAGGAGAUGGACCGAAGGAGUCAGCACCAGCUGGAUACCCUGGAGCGGGAGCAGAGGUACCUGCAGAGGCAGCUGGCCCAGCUGGAGACGCUCGGCGAGAGGGACCGCGUCCGCAUGGACAGCAUAGGGUCGCCCACGGACUCUGACCGUUCAGAAUCGGACCUAGAGGAGAUCGAAGUGGAUGUGGAGUGUACUGACUUCUCCCUCGGAGAAAUAGACAGCGUGAGUAGCGGAGGUGCCAGCGACCUGGACGACCAGAGCAGCCGGCAGAGCUCGGCCAGCGACGAGGGCUACUCCACCUGCAGCCUCAAAGUGGCCUUCUCGGCUUGAGCCCCGCCGCACUGUGCUCCCCAGAUCCUUUCCCCUCCAACACCACUAUUUUAUGGCUUUAACCAAGGGUGGGGCGCCGACGGCACGCACAACCGUAUACGAUCAGACCUGCCAUUGCAAUUCGGGAAGAAAAAAAUAAAAAUAACAUUAAAAAACGAGCAGAAACAGUUAGGAAAAAGGCUCUGCCCUCCCAACCCCAAAAAAUAAAAAUAAAUACAAAUAAAUAAAUAAAAAUAUCGAUCCAUCCAUUUUCUAUAGCAUUUAUCGUCAUUAGGGCUGCUGCAGCUUAUCUCAGCUGACUUUGGGUGUGACAGCAAUACAAAAAUAAUGCAAAACAUGAUGGUUUUUACCAUUUGGGAGAGCACCGGAAGCGCAAAAUUACGUUUGAAGUGAUGAAAUUGGAUGUCUAAGUGGAAGAGGUAAAAAAGCAAAACAAAACUAUUACUGAGUUACAGAAAAGAAAUCUGUCGCGCCGAUAAUUUUGGGGGAAGCCUGCAACGUAAAAGCCAUGCUUUGCUUAGCUGGACUUGAUCCGAGUGCGCCACAAUUAGAUUUAUGCGCCCAUCCUGCGUAACAUUGCGUUAAAACAUAGGACAGGACACCCGGAAAUGACCCAGAUGCAUGGAAAUGCAGAGUCGAAAGGAGUUUUGUCAUAGGCGAUAUGGCAUUUUUGUGAUUGGCGAAAGUCAGCCCUUUGGUAAUUUUUUUGUUUUUGGAAUUUCAAAAACAUUAAUAUGAGUGGAAAGUUUCUCCCUGCUGCCUCACGUUUUGCCUGCUCUACAUUGGUUUUCACCUGCGCUGUUUCAAAAUGCUAAAUCAGCCACUACAAUUCAUCCCUGGUUUGAAAAAUCACAUUGCGUGUGCUUAAUUAAUACAUUUGCAUAUACUCCCACAACACGCGACGUGAACUACAAAACAAUUCAGCUUAGUGUUUGGCAGACACAAUACUGGUUGUGCUUGGUUAGAUCAGCUUUGACAUCUGAUUGCAUGAGCAAUCAAGAACUCAAAAUGGCCCCCGAUAGGAAAAAGGUUCCCCACCCGACUUAACAAAUCACCAGCCUACAGCUCCAAAAACACCCCCACCCCACAUGUCCACUUAAGAACCAGCCUGCAGCUCGACUCCAACCUAAACCUGAAUGUUGUUGUCCCGUGAUCAGCCACAAUCAAAGAGAAGCACGAGGGGGUAAGUCUACCCUUCAAUGAAUCAAAUUGAUCCUCUUACAAACCAGCAAAAAAGGCCACAAAUACCAGCUUGACGUUUGUUCCAUUUGCCUUGUUAAAAAAAAAAAAAAAGUUGCCCUUUUUCUUUGUGGAAGGGCUGCGACAUUUGCAUUCCAAAAAUGUGUUUUUAAACACAAAAUCUGCUUUUAGUCGUCAGAGCCACAAGCAUCAACUCUCUACACACGAUAGUUGUUCUAAUUUAUUUUGCAUAGUAUUUAUUUUCUUUGGUAUAUUUAAUUGUGCUUCAGCUUAGAAAAUGUAAAAAAAAAAAACAUUUUUAAAAAACUUGACCUCCCCUUUUUUGCAUUUAGUGUCAGAACCUGUUAUAUUUUAUUUCCCAUUUAGAAAGUAAUAAGCUAUCCGGUGCUUGUCCGAGCACAAGGCGAAACGAAAAAGCAAUAACGCAUCUAUUUAUUUUUUUAACAUUGCUUUUGUCCGUCCAUAAGCUAAUACUAUUAAGUGUCCAACUUGCAAGACUCGUGAUUUAAGUAAAAAAAAUAAAAUUGUAAAGAUAUCUAAAGCUACAGUGCAUGUGUGUUGAAUGUUGUAACGUGCUCUGAAAAAAAAAUUCUGUAGCAUGAACAUUUUUUUUUUUUUUUUUUUUUAAAGUUCACAUUGAAAACCCUUGACUGUUUUGAUACCUGGUGUUGCACUGUCCCAAACCUUCAUCUACCACAAUAAUGACCAUUUCUAUCCAUUUUAUUCCCUGCUAGUGAAUCCAUCAGCACCAAAUUGUGUCUUAAUGUGGGUGUAUGACUCUUGCACAAGUCCCUGCUCACCCCACCUACCCAAUGUGUUUGGGAAAUGUAUCAAAUGCACUAUAAAAAUAAUUGCGCUUGGGACUUUUAUGUCCAAAAAAUAAAAAAGCACAGCCCCGAUGUUUUCUAAAUGCUUGAUUAGGGAUUUAUUGUGAUUUUAUUAUUAUUGCGCAAAACAUCCUGCUGGUGCCCUGCUGAUACUUUGUUACGGUUCCUGACGACGUUCCCUGGAAUCAUAAUAAACCUCUUCCACCAAGAUGUGAACCAAUCGUGUGUUUAACUCAAGUCAUUUUCCAUGCCACUUACCCUAGGGAGAGUCCUGUAUUAUGUGUAGCAUUGAUUUAACGGUUUCCUCUUCUAAAGUGGGUUACAGAAAAUGUAUUUUAUUUUUUAGUCAUUUGUCAUUAAAUAAUUUCAUUGAUUGAAAAUAAAACAAAUAUUGUUACCCGAGUAGCAUAAUUGCCCAAAGUCAUUUCUGAACGUUUUCAGAAAAUCUGAGAAAAAGAAAAUUCAACCAACAGGAAGAGUUCAGUUGGCUUGAUUAACCUUUGCGUUGACCUGCAUGCAUGCGUGACUACCUACAGAUGUAUUUAUAUAUAUAUUAAAAAAAAAAAGUUUGAUAUUGUGACAUAAGUUAAACAUGACUUAGGCAACUUUGCUAUUAUGUUAACAAUAUUACAUUAGCAACGAUAUAAUAACAGACAUUACUUGCAUAAGUCUUUUCUUAACU